AUGCAGCUCGUUGUCCUGUGGGUUGCCCUGGUAGUGGCUCCAGCGCAUCAGUCCUUCGGCGGGACAGUCGACCACAGUCGGCAUGCACAUCACCAGAACGCCAGGGGAGGCACGAGGAAGCAGUCUGGAUCAGGCAAAGAGUUCCUCGGAGAGGGUGACCAAAGGCCUGGCGUACCCUCUAACCCCUUCUCAGCGCCUAUGCUGAACUCAAACUCACCGCUAUUGGCCACAACCUACUACUACAACCCGCACCGGCAAGGAUCGGGUUCGCCAUCGUCGUCUUCAUCCGCACACCACCGCCACCACGACCUGCUACUCAAAGAAGGUGCCGACCAGGAGAUUUGCCGGGCGGCUGACGGCCGUGACGGCACCUGCUACGAUGCCGUCCAAUGCCUGAACCGGGGCGGAACGCCCAUGGGACGCUGCGAGGAUGGAGUCUGCUGCGUUUUCGAGGUGUCCUGCGGGGAGGCGAGCUCGGAGCGCACGGCGUACGUUCGGAACCCGGGCUACCCCGGCACGCACAACCGCGAGGCCAUGUGCAAGGUCCGAGUCUCGAAGCGGGACGCCGACGUGUGCCAGUUCCGGCUGGACUUCCUCACGCUGGACCUGGCGAGGCCCGUGGACGGAAACUGUUCCCAGGACAUGCUCGUUGUCUCUGGCCAGAACGAGAACAACCAGGUGCCUCGAAUAUGCGGCCUAAACACAGGCCAACACGCAUACGUCGACGUGGAAGAGUCGGGAGGCAUCAGUUUGAACCUGAUGAUGGUCGGUAGCUACUCGAGAAAAUUUGACAUCAAGGUUACGCAAGUGGAAUGCGAGGGCCCACAAUCAGCGCCCUCUCACUGUCUGCAGUACUUCUGGGGCACCCACGGCACGGUAAAAAGCUUCAAUUAUGACGAGGCCGGGGGUAGCCCUCACCAUCAAGGCUACCCCAAUGACCUGGACUACGUGGUUUGCCUGCGAAAGGAGCCCGGGUUCUGCUCGGUCACCUACGAGGUAGCCCCGGAUGAAGAGCUCGGUGCGUCGCCAUUCGGAGUGGGUGCCAUUCCCUCGCAAAGGGAUAGCGUUCUGCUGACCUCCUCGCCAAUCAUGGCUGAGUGCCCGGAUGAUUACAUCAUAAUCGGAGGAGUGCGCAUGUGCUCCACGGGCCACGAAACCGAGGUUGAGCAGCGCCACACGCGGGAUCUCAACGCGACAGGCCUCACCCUCAUUACAGAUGGCACGCCCGGUCCAUUCCUGAUGCGCUUUGUCUCGAACCACGUGAACAACGCCCGAGGAUUCAAGCUCCACUACCGCCAGAACCCGUGCAAGUGA